AGUCUUCAUAAAAGGCCGAGUUAAGAUUACAUGCAAUUCUGGUAGCUGGAUGAAGUUUGGAGACAGCAGUUGGGAGGGGUACAGAGAGUGUAGAAUGGGCAGGUAAUGGUGGAAGACUAAUCUGAGAGGAGAAGAACCACAAAGGAAAAAUGGGCAUAAAUUAUUAAAAAGUUCUGCUAAGGUCCUUGUCCAUAGAUCCAGUGAACCCCCCCCCUAAAAAAAAAUCAUGAUGAACCAAACAUCUGUGACUGAAUUCCUUCUGCUUGGUCUUUCCAGGAGCUUGAAGAUCCGUCUUUUAUUGCUUGGACUUUUUUCAAUUGUCUAUGCUCUCACUUUGGUGUGCAACACAAUCAUCCUGAUGCUUAUCUGGCUGGAUGUGCGACUCCACACCCCCAUGUAUUUCUUCCUGGGCCAACUUGCUUGUAUAGACAUCUGCUAUACUUCCUGCACAGUUCCCCAGAUGCUGGCUAACCUUCAAAGCCCAAGACAAACUAUCUCAUUGGCUGCCUGUGCCAUACAGAUGCAUAUUUUCCUGGCAUUGGCUAUUACUGAAUGCAUUUUGCUUGCAGUAAUGGCGUAUGAUAGGUUUGUAGCAAUAUGCCACCCACUGCAUUAUGUCUUCCUCAUGAACAAGACAGUGUGCAUGAAAUUAGCCAUGAUCUGCUGGACUACUGGUUUUUUACUGCCAAUGGUCCAUACUGUUCUUACCUGGCAAUUACCGUUCUGUGGCUCUAAUUUGAUCGAUCAUUUUUUUUGUGAAAUGCCGGCUUUGCUGAAGCUGGCAUGUGCUGAUACCCAAAUGAUUCAAACGGUUACUUCGGUGGGGUGCAUUUUCACCUUACUUAUUCCCAUCUCCUUUAUCUUGAUGACUUAUAUCCGCAUCUUAGCAGCCAUCUUGAAAAUCCAGUCUGUACAAGGACAGCACAAAGCUUUCUCUACAUGUGGUUCCCAUAUGACAGUUGUGGUGCUUUUCUAUGGCAGCGCCAUAUUUAUGUACAUGAGACCAGAGUCCAGCCAUUCUCCAGGCCAGGACAAAAUACUCUCUCUUUUCUAUAGCAUUGUCACACCCAUGUUCAAUCCCAUGAUAUACUGUCUAAACAGCAAGACAAUGAAAGACGCCUUUCUAAAAAUGCUGUAAUGAUGUACGUUUUGAAUGAUGAUUAGAUUGCAAAAAUGGCCACUUUUUGAGAUAGA